AUGGCGAGUAAUUUUUGGGUUACUCGUAGAGAAAUAACUCAAAACAAUGGCCGUACUCGUCCUAAUGAGUAUGAGAAUCAAAUCUCCAAUAAUCAUUUAUUAUCAAAUUCUCACUUUCAAACACCACAAAAUCCUUUCACAAGUCUCAACAAUUACAAUCAAGGGAGGUAUCAGAAUAAUAAUAUUGCUAAUGCUACAAGACAACCAAUGGUUCAAUUCUCAUUCUCCAGCAACAACCCUUCCUCAUUCCUUGCACCAGCUCGAUAUAGUCGAACAUUGCCUUUGAGUUCAAGAAACAAUGCUUUCAUUCCUUCUUCUCUUCCAAACUCAUCUCGAAUUUCCUCCUCGAGAUUAGGAAACACUCAUCUGAUUCCUUCUAAUCUUCAAAACUCGUCUCAAACUUCCUCAUCUAUUUCACGCAACACUUCUCUCAUUCCUUCUUAUCCUCGUUAUGCAUCUCAGAAUUCCUCAUCCAAUGGUGUUGCAACUGGGUAUCAGAAAUCUUCAAGACCAAUUAUCCAGAAUCCAAUGAAUUUUCGAUAUUCUCCAUAUCCUUGCUCAAGGAUCGAUUUGAAUAGAUACCAAGGUUUGGAGGAUAUUGUUAUACUUAAUGCAAAUCCUAACAAUAAUAAUAACAACCCUUUAGCAUUGAAUGAUUCCAAUCCUCAUUCAAGGAUUGAUAUGAAUAACUACAAAGGUUUGAACAAUAUUUCAAUACAAAAUGCAAAUCUUCCUCAAUUUUAUCCUAUUAAAACUACUAAUUUAAGCAUGUUUUAUUCUUCAGGCCAUGGAAAUGCUAGUUUUGAUUCAACAAUGGAGCAUCAUGUGUUUAAUACUAGAGAAAAUGAAGCUCGGAGAGGUCCGUUGACUACUUCUAUUGUUAGUUUUAAUGAAAAACAAACUCAAAAUAAAGAGCUACUUCUUUUCAAGGAUGACAAGAAUACAAUUCCAACCAGAUUGGUGAUUGAAAUUGACGAUUCAAGUGAUGAUGAGGAUUUGGAUCUCUCACUUCAUCUUUAA